UGUGACGCCUGAGUGACAGCUGCGCAGCGCCGCCGCCAUUUUCUUCUCCUCAGCGGAACCGAGUCGAAGCGCCGAACCGAGCUCUCUCCCCGGGCUGUAGAUAGCGAUGCCGGCCCAUCCGCUGCGCGUCGCGGUCGUGUGCUCCAGCAACCAGAACCGCAGCAUGGAAGCGCACAACAUCCUGAGCAAGCGAGGGUUCGACGUGCGUUCCUUCGGCACGGGAACCCACGUGAAGCUCCCAGGACCCGCUCCGGACAAACCCAACAUUUUCGACUUCAAAACCACUUACGAGCAGAUGUACAACGACCUGGUCCGUAAAGACAAGGAGCUAUACACACAGAACGGGAUCCUGCACAUGUUGGACCGCAACAAGCGCAUUAAGACGCGGCCCGAGCGCUUCCAGAGCUGCAAAGAGCAGUUUGACCUGGUGAUCACGUGUGAGGAGCGUGUGUACGACCAGGUGCUGGAGGACCUGAACUCUCGUGAGCAGGAGAGCUUGCAGCCGGUGCAUGUGAUUAAUGUGGAUAUUCAGGACAACCACGAGGAGGCGACGCUAGGAGCAUUCCUCAUCUGCGAGCUCUGCCAGUGUAUUCAGCACACGGACGACAUGGAGAACGAGAUGGACGAGCUGCUGCAGGAGUUCGAGGAGAAGAGCCAGCGGCCGUUCCUGCACACCGUCUGCUUCUACUGACCGCCGAAGCUCCGGCUGCACCCCGGUCGCUCCGUUUACCGCCGACGCCAGGAUCGGCCCCGCGGCGGACUGCAGGAACAUCGCAGAGCACGAAACCAAAGGGUUCUAGAGUAAACCUGACGCGAGAACCUGCCUAACGAGACCCUAACGAGUCUGUUCCAGCUGGACGCUGACUAUAUUUAGAGGAUGUAAUGAUUCGUAACUCUGGCGGACGGGAUGCGUUAUCUUUUGGGUUUCUCGUCAAUUUAUUUCAGCGUUAUUUAAAGAUGGGAUUUGAUACCUGUUGAGCAUAUUUUGUUUUUCUUUGAUUUUGUAAAUGAUAGACGAUUCUAUAAUUGUACCUGAAGCAGCCCAGAGUGCCUGAAAUUAUUGUUGUAAAUAUUGCGCUAUAAAUGAAUAAAGCGUCGAUGAAUCUCG